UGAUUUCCACCACUGAUUGUUACUAUUAUUACUAUUUGGCUGAGGAAGAGAAACAUGGAGCGCCACUGUCCCCUGCAGAUUGAUUGCCGACAGAGCACGGAACCGGUUUCCGGACAAUCCCGAACACCUACGAAGACAACCACCCAGCUUCUCUUCCCUUCCCUUCCACCCUCCCUCCUCCCCUUCACGCCUAAUGUUGCUGUACCUCCAACCCUCCCCCCUGUAUCAGAGGAGUAGAAACAACAAGCGCCAUUUUGUUUAGCGGACAGACCGUCAGAAACAGGAGGAGAUAACCGAGAGAAGGAGCGACUCCGGUAACCGACGGCAGCUACACCGGGAACCACCGGAGGAAGAAAGAGUGGCGAAAUCCUCUCCGUGUUAUCAAGACAGAGAAAGCACCACCAAAAAGAUACGACGUCAGUGGAGAGGAAACCGAAUCGGUGAUAUAUGUAUGCGUGAGAAGGAAAUACUCCGAAAAAUCCAAGGAAGGGGGUGUUUUGCAGAGCGGAGACAGAGAGGAGAGGCGGAAGAGGGCUAUGUAUUAUCAUAACGAGGAAAAACCUGCGAAAAAGGGAAAACAUCAACAUGAAAAAUCAUUAUGUGUCCCUCGCGGAGGAAGGAAAGAGUCCGCAUAGACAAUUAUAUAAAUAAAUUGCUGCCGGGCAGAAGGGAAAGGUGGAAAGAAAGACGGGUUUAAAGAGAAGGGUAAAAUUGCCAGGAUCAACACGAAGGGGGGCAUUCUCCAUCACAAAGAGUCAAUGAGAGGAUUUUGUCAGCCCAAAAUAUUUUAGGGGGGGGGGUGUCAACAUUAGUGUGCCGAUCUGAAAUAAAUAGCCAUAAUUUCUUAGCGACCCAACGUCAUUUUUUUGUAUCACAUUUUUGCCUGUCGCCCUCGCUGUGCUCCGGUUUUUGGUUAACAUCUUUUUUUUUUCUUUCUCUUUUUACUUGCACGGCCAAGACAACCUAUAAGCAGUAAAUGACAGGUAUAUUUUUUGGAAUAUUUAUCAUUCUUUUCAUUUUCUGAGAUUUAAAGUGCUUAGACCAAGCGAAAACCGGAGGAGGAACCUCUUGUGGAGCACAAGAUAAGUAACCCCACAGAUAGUCCUCUGCAAAAUAAAACUAAUUGGAUCAAUCUGACUGCCCACUGAUUGGCAAUUAGCGCUGUGAUUGCCCUCAAGAACUAUACUGUCAAAGAAAUAAAGUCUGCAUUAGAAUCGAUUGCACAAGAGCAGGGAUUUUUGACAAGAUUUUCUAUUUUCAACCUUUGCCAUCCCCGCUGCCUGCAAUAGGCACAAUCGCGCUAAAGGGUUGCAACAACCAAAUGUGCAAUACGAGUCUUUUUUUCUGACCCAGUGCCUUGCAUGGUCAAACACUAAGUGCACAUUUUAGUCAGCAUGCACAUGCAAAAUAAGUCAUGCAUGGGUGUAUACAUUCGCAAUAUAUUUUCCAUUUAUCUGAGUGACUGCAAAGUGUGAGACUCCAGUGUUUUCAUCUUUCUGCAGGACUAUUUAUUCAGUUACUGUUAAGCCAAUGCAAAUUGUUUUUUUCUCAGUAUUGCACUUGAGCGUACCACUUACGCUUUAAUUGUAUUUGAGAACUACUGCUGGUGGUGUCACACACCGGUUGACUGCCUUUUUGGUGUGGAAACGUAAAGGAAUCAGCGGCAGCAGUGAGAUGUGUGGUCAGGUGAGAGAAAUGGUAAAUGCAAUCGAGGAUCUGAAAACUGUUGCAUGAGAGAACGGCCUCCACAAGUUAACACAGGGAUACUCCUGGUUUGUAUUUUUGGGUAAUAAUUAGCAUUUCCGAGACUCUCCACUGGGCCGUUUCAGACCUGAAAUACAGGAUUUCUCCGCCGACUAUGGCGGACAGGACUGAGUGCAGCACGGAGGACGGAUCUUGGGACAAUUUUUGUGUCGCAGAAGAGGCUACAUGAGGUUGUCAGAGGGCCGCACGCUUGCCUUUUUUGCCGACUCCACCUUCCCACCUCCUCCUGUUCAAAUCUGUGAAGAAACAAAAUCUCCGACAGGGGAGGGGGACUGAUAUCUGCAGAGAGGAAUAAACUGAGAGGGAAAGAGUUCAACAUUGCUCUCUUCUCCCCUACCGUCCCCCAAGCGGUGGGGGAACGAUCAGAAGCGUUUCUUAAAGGGAUAAGGAGACGCAAAUAAAGGAAAUACGUUUGCCCUCCGUGGAUCUACGGCAUUUUUUUUAAUUCGUCAAAAAUAUGGCCGAUAAUGUCCUGGAGUCCGGCCCGCCUUCAGCCAAGAGGCCCAAGCUGUCCUCUCCAGCUCUCUCGGUGUCUGCCAGUGAUGGAAAUGAUUUUGGUUCACUCUUUGACCUGGAACAUGACCUCCCAGAUGAGCUCAUCAGUUCCUCUGAUCUGGGGCUAACCAACGGAGGUGAUGUUAGCCAACUCCAUACCAGCCUUGGCGGACUUGGAGGAGGGCUCGGUUUGGGAGGCCAAGAUGCAGCUGCAAAACACAAACAGCUGUCUGAGCUCUUGCGCGCUGGAGCACCAACACAGCAGGGUGGCCCUACGUCCAACAGCGCAGCAUCUGGGGCUUCCAUGGGGAUGAUGGGGAGUGUCAGUGUCUCCCCUGGUGGACCACAAGGCAUGCCCCCUCAGGGCCAGCAGCAGCAACCUGGUUUAAUGCAGCAGGUUGGGAUGGUUGGUGGGGUUGCAGCGAUGAGUCGGGCAGCUGCAAUGAUGGGUGUCCAGAAGGGCAAUACUGGACAGCAGCAGCAAGGCCUGAUGGGCGGGCAGGUGAUGAAUGGCUCACCAAGAAUGGGUUACCCUGGCAGUGCAGGCAUGGGUAACAACAGUAAUCUGUUGGCGGAAACCCUACAGCAGCAGCAAGGCAGUCAGCAAAUGGGACCUGGGGGUCAGGCAGGGAUGAGACCACAGCAACCCGGAGCACUAAACAAGAUGAAUAUGAUGGCCAAUGCGGGCCCCUAUGGUGGUCCGUACGGCCAGUCUGGCCAGGGGCUGCCAGGAGCAGGGCCGGGCCCACAGCUCCAGAAUAAGGCAGGCCUGCCCAACAAUAUGGCCAACCAGUUUAACAUGGACAAGAAGGCACCACCGGGUCAAGGCAUGCCUGGGAUGGCCUCUCAGCAGCAGCAGCCCGGAGCAGUUGGUGGUGUAUCUGUCAGCGGAGCAGCGGCAGUGGGAGGCCCCCAGGUUGGGCUUAAUGCCGUAGGGGCGGGUCCCGGCACAGCGCCCCCUACCGCAGACCCCGAGAAACGGAAGCUGAUUCAACAGCAACUGGUCCUCUUGCUCCACGCACACAAAUGCCAGCGGAGGGAGCAGGCCAACGGGGAAGUGCGGCAGUGCAACCUGCCCCACUGCCGCACCAUGAAGAACGUGCUCAACCACAUGACUCAUUGCCAGGCUGGCAAGUCCUGCCAGGUGGCACACUGUGCCUCAUCCAGACAGAUCAUCUCUCAUUGGAAGAAUUGCACACGACAUGACUGUCCUGUAUGCCUGCCACUGAAAAAUGCUGGAGACAAGAGGAAUCAGCAGUCUCUUGUUAACAGUGCAGGAGUGGGUUUGGUGAACGCUUUAGGUUCAGGGGUGCCUGGUGGACAGUCCAACACUCCAAACCUAAACCCUCCCAACCAGAUUGACCCCAGCUCCAUAGAGAGGGCCUACGCUGCACUAGGCCUCACCUACCAGGGCAACCAGAUACUACAGCAAGCCAACAUGCCAAACCAGGGACUGCAGGGGCAGCCUGGGAUGAGGACUCUAAACACCAUGGGUGGAAACUCUAUGGGAGUGAAUGGUGGAGUUGGGGUGCAAUCCCCCAACCAGCAGUCCAGCCUACUGCCAAACGCCUUGUUGCAUAGCAGCAUGAAUGCACAGAGUUUGAUGAAUGAUAGUGUGGGGAACUUGGGCUCAAUGCCCACGGCAACUCCUCCUUCUGCUGCAGGCAUGAGGAAGUCCUGGCAUGAAGACAUCACACAGGACCUCCGCAACCACCUUGUCCACAAGCUUGUGCAGGCAAUCUUCCCCACUCCUGAUCCGGCGGCCCUGAAGGAUCGGCGGAUGGAAAAUCUAGUGGCUUACGCUCGAAAAGUAGAGGGGGACAUGUACGAGUCGGCCAAUAGUAGGGCGGAGUACUACCAUCUGCUGGCAGAGAAGAUCUACAAGAUCCAAAAGGAGCUGGAGGAAAAGAGAAGGACACGACUCCAGAAGCAGGGCAUGAUGCCCGGCCAACCUGGCAUAGCCUCCCCAGGCCUCCCGCAGGUGCCUCCCAGCAUGGGACAGCCGCCCAUGGCCCCUGGUCAACCCCCGAAUGGUCCUCAUGCUGAUCCGUCCAUGGUCCGACCAGCUGGACCCAAUCAGAUGGUCAACCGGAUGCAGAACCCACCAGGAAUGAACCAGUUUGGUCAGAUGGGGAUGCCGUCGAUGGGCCAGAGGUCUCCUCUUCCUCUUAAUGCUCCAAUGAACCAGAUGGGUAUGGGAGCAACGAGGAUGGGUCAGCCCAAUGCUCCACAGUUACAGAACCAGUACCACCCUCCAGGCCAGUUUCCCGGGUCCAGUCCUGGACUUGGUUCUGGUCCUGUUGGCAUGAACCAGCCAGGAGCACAGACUGCUGUGCCACAGAACCAGAUGUCAACGCCACCUUCCCUCCCAGUCAGCAGCCCUGCAGCACAGUCUGCCUCUUCUGCUCCAGGCUCAGCAGCCCCUGUAGGCUCCAUGGGGUCUGGUAGUGCCAGUAGAGCUGGGCCUCUUCCCAACAUGCCUCCAUCCUCCACCCCCACCCAGCCUAACUCAUACCCUCACUGCCCACCCAUCCGAACAAACUCCCCCUCACCGGCACGCAGCUUAACGCCUCAACCGCAUCAAACACCGCCCACGUUACCUCGUUCUCAGACCCCACAGCCACAGACUCCCGGCACACCCCAGCUGCCCUCUCCACAGCACCCCCAGCAACAUCAGCAGCAACAACAUCAACAUCAGCAACAGCAGCAGCAGCAGCUACAACAACAACAGCAACAGCAACAACAGCAGCAGCUACAGCAGCAGCUACAGCAGCAGCAGCAGCAGCAACAGCAGCAGCAGCAACAGCAGCAGCAGCAACAGCAGCAGCAACAGCAACAGCAACAACAACAACAACAGCAGCAGCAGCAGCAACAACAACAACAACAACAACAACAGCAGCAACUACAACAGCAACAACAACAUGCUUCGCAGCAGCCAUCGGGGCAGGCGGUGAACUCUGAGAAGGCCAAUCAGAUUCCACAGCAGACUCCUGGGGGUGUGGCUUCCUCAGGCCCCCAAGCAGGUCAAGCUUCUUCGGUGCCUAACCAGAAUGCUCAAGUGCCAUUGCAGCAGCCGCAGACCCCACUAUCCAUAAAGCCUUCUCUGACAGGUGAUGGUCAGGUGUCCUCUCCCGGCUCGGUCAGCAGCAGUGCAGAUCCCAACUCCCAGCUAACCCAGGUGGACGGCCCUGCUCCCAGCCAGGAAGAUGUCAAAAUGGAGGUGAAGAAGCAGGAGGAGGAGGAGGACGAAGGGGCUGACACCGAAGGAGAGGGCAAGGGGAAGAUGGGCAAGGGUCAGCAUGACGUGAAGGCGGAGGAGAAACCAGAGGUAAAGAAAGAGAAGACGUCAGGAGAUGGGUGUAAAGGCGAGCCCAUGGAUACAUCUUCGUUCUCAGCGUCAUCGUCGGUAGCAACAGGUGAAGACAAGAAGCCGGAGGUGAAGAAAGAGCCCAAAGAGGAAGAGGAGGGGUCAGGGUCGACAGCCAACAGCAGCUCUCCAGCCAGCGCUCAGAGCAAGAAGAAAAUCUUUAAGCCGGAGGAGCUGCGUCAGGCUCUAAUGCCCACCCUGGAAGCUUUGUACCGGCAGGACCCUGAGUCCCUUCCUUUCCGUCAGCCGGUGGACCCCCAGUUACUGGGAAUACCCGACUACUUUGACAUCGUGAAGAACCCCAUAGAUCUGUCGACCAUCAAGCGGAAACUGGACACGGGACAGUACCAAGAGCCUUGGCAGUACGUCGAGGAUAUCUGGCUGAUGUUCAACAAUGCCUGGCUGUACAACCGCAAGACGUCCCGCGUCUACAAGUACUGCUCCAAGCUGGCUGAGGUGUUUGAGUCUGAGAUCGAUCCCGUCAUGCAGGGCCUGGGAUACUGUUGUGGGAGGAAGUAUGAGUUUUCCCCCCAAACUCUAUGCUGCUAUGGAAAACAAUUAUGCACCAUCCAACGUGACGCUGCUUAUUUUAGCUACCAGAACAGUUCACCAAAAUAUGGGCUUCUUGCUGACAGGUACCACUUCUGUGAGAAGUGUUUCAACGAAAUCCAGGGCGAGAGUAUUUCCUUGGGGGACGACCCCUUGCAGCCUCAGACGUCCAUCAACAAAGAGCAGUUCCAACGGAAGAAGAACGACACACUCGACCCUGAGUUACUUGUGGAAUGUAAUGACUGCGGUCGUAAAAUGCACCAGAUCUGUGUCCUGCAUCAUGAUACCAUAUGGCCGUCGGGCUUUGUAUGUGACAACUGCCUCAAAAAGGCCAAUAAGACGCGGAAAGAGAACAAAUAUGCAUCCAAAAGACUUCCUCAGACCAAGUUGGGGUGCUAUUUGGAGACACGAGUGAAUGAUUACAUCAAGCGGCACAAUCUCCCUGAAGCUGGCGAUGUCACCGUCCGUGUGGUGCAUGUCUCAGACAAGGUGGUCGAGGUCAAGCCGGGCAUGAAGUCCAGGUUUGUCGACAGUGGAGAGAUGUCGGAGUCAUUCCCCUACAGGAUGAAAGCCCUGUUUGCAUUUGAGGACAUCGAUGGAGCGGAUGUGUGUUUUUUUGGCAUGCACGUUCAAGAGUACGGCUCAGACUGCCCGCCUCCCAAUCAGAGACGAGUGUACAUCUCUUACCUGGACAGCGUGCACUUCUUCCAACCUCGAGUCAUCAGAACUGGUGUCUACCACGAGAUCCUGAUAGGCUACCUGGAGUAUGUCAGGAGGCAGGGGUAUACAACGGGUCACAUCUGGGCCUGUCCACCCAGUGAAGGGGAUGAUUACAUCUUUCAUUGUCACCCAGCGGACCAGAAGAUCCCCAAGCCAAAACGGCUGCAGGAGUGGUACAGGAAGAUGCUGGACAAGGCUGUUGCUGAGCGUAUCGUCCACGAUUACAAGGACGUCUUCAAGCAGGCAACAGAGGACCGGCUGACCAGUGCCAAAGAGCUGCCAUACUUUGAAGGUGACUUCUGGCCCAACGUACUGGAAGAGAGUAUCAAGGAGCUGGAGCAGGAAGAGGAGGAGAGAAAGAGGGAGGAGAACAGUACCUCCAACGAGAGCACAGAUAUCACAAAAGGAGACAGCAAGAAUGCCAAAAAGAAGAACAAUAAAAAGACAAGCAAGAACAAGAGUAGCAUGAGCCGAGCCAAUAAGAAGAAACCAGGGAUGCCCAAUGUUUCCAACGACCUUUCCCAGAAACUCUACGCCACCAUGGAGAAACAUAAAGAGGUGUUCUUUGUCAUCCGCCUCAUUGCUUGCCCCACCGCCAACUCGCUGCCCCCCAUCACUGACCCUGACCCCCUCAUGGCCUGUGACCUGAUGGAUGGCCGCGAUGCCUUCCUGACUUUGGCCAGGGACAAGCACCUGGAGUUCAGCUCUCUCAGGAGGGCCAUGUGGAGCACCAUGUGUAUGUUGGUGGAGCUGCACAACCAGAGCCAGGACCGCUUCGUCUACACCUGCAAUGAGUGUAAACACCACGUGGAAACCCGCUUCCACUGCACCGUCUGCGAGGACUAUGACUUGUGCAUCACCUGCUACAACACUAAAGGUCACGAGCACAAGAUGGAUAAGCUGGGGCUUGGACUGGAUGACGAUAGCAACAACCAGGCAGCAGCAGCUACCCAGAGCCCCGGAGACUCUCGCCGUCUCAGCAUCCAGCGCUGUAUCCAGUCACUGGUCCACGCGUGCCAGUGCCGCAACGCUAACUGCUCCCUGCCGUCCUGCCAGAAGAUGAAGCGCGUUGUUCAGCACACAAAAGGCUGCAAGCGCAAGACAAAUGGCGGCUGUCCCAUCUGCAAGCAGCUCAUUGCUCUGUGCUGCUACCAUGCCAAACACUGUCAGGAGAACAAAUGUCCCGUCCCGUUCUGUCUGAACAUCAAGCAAAAGCUCCGGCAGCAGCAGCUGCAGCACAGGCUCCAGCAGGCCCAGAUGUUACGGAGGAGGAUGGCCAGCAUGCAGAGAGUGGGGCAGGCAGCCGGAGGGCCACCGGGAGGACCUGUAGGACUUCCAUCGCCAGGGAACAAUGGUACCACGGCACCCAGUACCCCAACCUCUGGUGGAACCCAACCUCCAACACCCCAGACUCCGACUCAGACCAUGCCUCCAGUCACGCAGCAGGGAAUGGGCUCUGGACCUGGAGUUCAGCAGCAACAGCAGCUGGGUGGAAUGCCCCCACAAAGUGCCAUGCCUUCUCAACACCCCCUUCACCACCAGUUCCAGCAGAUGGCAGGUGGAGGAGGCGGGGCUGGGGGGAUAAUGAGCUCUCCCCAACAUCAGCAGCAGAUGCUUCCUCAGGGCCAGCAGCAGCAGCAAAUUGGAGCCGGGACCAACCCCCAACAACUCCAUCAGCACCCCAACAAUUUGCCUCCAUAUGCCAGCAGACCCCCGGGCUCCUCCCCGAUCCAUCAGUCCCAGGGCAAACCGGUCCUUGGCUCUGCAACACCGCCCCAGCAGCAGCUUGGUGGGAGUGUUGGGGGCCAACAGCCUCUGAGCCAGGCCCAGGGCCAGCCAUCCCUUCCACAGCAGCAACAGCAGCCCACCUCUGGCCCUCCACCGGCAGCAGUAGAAAUUGCCAUGAAGAUCCAACAGGUAGCCGAUGCUCAGAGGAAGAUGGCUCUUCAGAGACAAGCAGCUCAGGCAGCUGCCGGCUUGAUGCCUCCUCACCCUCACCAUCAACAGGGUCAGGGUCAACAGAUGGGCAUGGGGCACCCAGGGGCUGCAGGGAUGGUCGGAACCCAGGGUAUGCCUCCACAGACCCAAGCAGCAGUGGUAGCUUCCCGGGCCCACAUGGAUCAACAACAAGGUGCUCCACCAGGGAUGAUGGUUGGUGCUGGUGGGCCCCUGCAGCAACCCCCUCAGCAGGGUAACCUGCCCCAGGGCCAUCUGCCCCCUCAGGUACAGCUUCAACAGCAGAGGAUGGGUGUUCCACAUCAAAACCCUCAACAGCAGCAGCAGUGGUCAGGCCAGGGGAUGCCACCUCAGCAGAGGCAAACUAUGAUGAACCAAAUGAGCCAUCCAGCCAUGAUGGCAGCUCAACAGCAACAGCAGCAGCAGCAACAACAACAGCAACAGCAGCAACAACAACAGCAGCAACAACAACAACAACAACAGCAGCAACAGCAGCAGCAGCAGCAGCAGCAAAUGCAACAACAACAGCAACAAGCUCAGGGCCAUGCUGCCUUGAUGAAUAUGGUACAACAGCAGCAAGGUGCUGGUGGUGGGAUCCCAGGAGGAGCUGUCCCUGGAAUUACUGGUGUCCCCGGGGCUGGUGUUGCUGGUGGGAACAUCCCCCAGGCAGCCCUUCAGGAGCUGUUACGGACUCUCCGCUCGCCUAGCUCACCACUCCAGCAACAGCAAGUCCUUAACAUCCUGCGAUCUAACCCACAGCUCAUGGCUGCUUUCAUCAAGCAGAGGGCCUCAAAAUACAAGGGGGUUCAGGGGGGCCCAGGUGGUGUACCUGGAGGUCCUGGUCCCACAGGGGGUCCUGUUGGUAAUGUCAUGGCAGGAGGGGGCCCACAGAUGAACAUGAAUGCUACAGGUGGCGGCCAGCCAGGGAUGCAUAUGGGGGGUCAGGGAGGGACAAAUGUCAACAUGACCACUAUGGCCCAGCUACAGCAGCAACAGAUACAACAGCAGCAGCAACAACAACAACAACAACAACAACAGCUACAGCAGCAACAACAACAACAGCAGCUACAACAGCAACAGUUACAGCAACAGCAGUUACAACAACAGCAGCAGCAGCAACAGUUACAACAACAGCAGAGGCCACUGCUCAGCAGUUUACAACAGCAGCAAGUGGCAGCUCUCCAGCAGCAACAACAGCAGCGGCAACAGCAGCAGCAGCAGCAAGGGGGAGGAGGAGUUAUGCAGGGCCAGGGGCCACAGAUGGCAAAUAUCAACAGUCCCCAGUUUAGAGAGCUGCUGAUGAGACGGCAUCUCCAACAACAGCAGCAGCAGCAGCAACAACAGCAGCAGCAGCAACAACAGCAGCAGCAGCAAAUGGGAGUAAAUCAUGGUCAGUUCCAGCAGCCACAGCCACCACAGGGGCAAAGCUACAUGGGACAGCCUGGAAUGCAGCCUCCUACAGUGGGACAGGGACCACCUGGAGGUCCACCUCAUGGCCCCCAGCAGCCCGGUGGUCCCCCAGGCCAGCAGGGGCAGGGUUACCCUGGGUCGGUGACGCAGCAGCAGGUCACAGCUGCACUACAGCAGAGGCUCCAACACCAGCACCACCUCCAGAUGCAGCAGCAGAAUGCCAUGGCUGGCCUGCCAGGGAGUGAUGCAGGGCCAGGUGGAGGAGGUGUAGGAGGUCCUCAGCAGCCACCUCAGGGCCCUCAGCCCACUCAAAGUGGCCCCCCACCUCCAUCUUCUCAGGCUCUGCUCCAACAGGCCCUCCACCAGAGGCUGCUCCAGCAGCAGCAGCAGCAGCAGCUCCAGCAGCAGCAGCAACAGCAUCAGCAUCUGGGCCCUGGGGGGUCACCAGCCCAGCACAGCAAUCCCAUGAGCCCUCAGCAGCCACAGCAGAUGUCCCAGUCCCCACACCCACACCAACACCUGUCCACAUCGCUAGCUAACCAGGUGCGAUCCCCACAGCCUUCACCCAGACCCCAGUCCCAGCCGCCACACUCCAGCCCGUCCCCGCGCAUGCAGCCCCAGCCCUCCCCACAUCACAUCUCCCCCCAGAUGCAGACGGGUUCCCCACACCCAGGCCACCUGAACCAGCACCACCCGGGCAUGGUGGUUCCUCCACAGCAACAGCCAACGAGCCAGCAGCAGCAACAGAACUCUAUGGAGCAGUUUGGGUCAGACCAGAGCGGCAUGCUGUCUCAGCUGAGUGGCAUGGCUGGUCUACACGGGCCGGGGGGCAACGGUCAGGACCCGCUUGGCCAGAAUAUGAAUCACAACUCUUUAGACCUCAUGUAGGAAUUCUACUUAACGUGUCAAGUUGAGCUGAAACGCUCUGUGAUUCUUCGCACAAACUGCACUCACCCAGGACAGUGUUAUUGUUAUUACUUAGCCUUUCUUUUUUUAUACUAUUAUUAAAUGUUAUUUAAAAUGUUCUCAAUAAAGAUGCAUUGAACUGAACUUCCUAUGGGAGAUGAACAAUAAAUCAAGCAGUCGUUAAAGAAAUUAGAAUAAAUGAAUUGUAAGUUAUUGCUGUUAAUAUAUUUUUUUGCCAAUUGUGGACAAAGAGGGGGAUGGUUUCUCUAGCACCCCCCCUCACCCCCACCUCUUGCUGAAUACAAGAAAGGUGAUAUUUUCGGGGUUUUGGGGGUAAAUAAGAGUACUUUUUUUAAGAAAUGUUUUUAAGAUUUUAAAAGUGGUCAAGAAUUAAAGAUGAAAUGAUUUAAUGCAAAGAACUUUUUUUAUCGGUUUCGUUACCCCAUCUUUCAAUCUGUCUAUUUCUGUUUUGCAGAGUGAUGUGGAUUGUUAUUAAUGUAAAUCCAAACAUGAUGCAUAUCUUCAUUUUUUUUAAAUGUCUGGGUUUGCUUUAUUUAUUUUCUUUUGGGGGGUGGGGUGGGGGUGUUAUGUUCCCUGAGACUGCUACAAUUCGUAUAGAAAUAUAUUUUUGUUAUGACUGUUAUGAUGGGGGUAGUGGAUAUUUCAUUUCACUUUAGAUGUCUUUAGUUGGGUCUGCCCAGGUGGGAAUAAUUAAAUGUCAGUGUUUUAUUGCAGUGGUUGGGGGUCUGCUAUGAGUUUGACAUGUUGAACGGACAUUGUGACGUCCCGGCCUGCUUCUGUAUUGGACAUCGGUCACGCUGGAAGGGACUCCUCCCUCGCAAACCUGCAAGCCCUCUCCCUCGAAUGUGUGUGCACUCCUUCCUUUUAAAGACCCUUAAUAUGGAUCAGUGGAGGCUUGGGGAGGGGGGGUGCAUACCUGUGUGCCUGAAACAUUUUGAGUACAUGGGCUGGGAUGUGAAAAAAUGGGUGGGGUGGGCUCCUUCUUAGUGUUUUUAGAAUUCCGCUGUUUGGCAUAAACAGAGGAUUUUGAUCCAAAUGAACUGUGUUGCACAGAAAAGAGGAAGAAAGGAGGAGAUAUGAGCAGUCUGUGUCUGUCUCUUUCUGCCUCGUCCCCUUUGCUGCUCCCCUUGGACUUUAAAUCCUACCCUACCCCCUCCUCUUCCUCCUCUGGAGGAAGUUGCUCUCCCUCCCCUCAAACUCCAUCCUCUUUAUCUUUCUGCUAAGAACUUUGGGAGUUUAAUUUAAUAUUUUUUACUGUACAAAGGAAACACAAACUGUGGACUCAAAUACUGUUUUUUAUAAUAAAAUGAAAAUUACCAACA